UGUGAUCGAUGUUCCAAAAGCUUUGAACAAACUGCUUUUAUCAGUAAAACCGGAAAACCUACAAAAAUAUGUUAUGAAUGUCGGCAAAAAAAUUUAAAUACCUACUAUGCUACAAAACCUAAUGAAAAUGUGUCUUACGAUCAAGGUCCUAUUGAACCUAAUGAAAUGAAAAAAAAAUUAUUUGAACAUAUUCUUAAGAUUGGAAAUAAUGAAUAUGUUGAAAAUGAAAAUUCCAGCAUAGAUUUUUCGUGCAAAAUAUCAACUGUUUUACUAAAAACUAAGCAUCCACGAAAGCAUGAAAAUUUCCAUAAACAGCGUGAUAGAGGAUAUAUUGAACGAUUUUCCUGUAAUGGUACUUUAAAAAUAGUACUUAAUAUGGAAACAAACAUAGCAACAAUUGAUCUUCAGCAUAAUUUACUUCAUAAGCGUCCAGAUCGGUUUAAUACAUCUGAUGAUAUUAAAGCUGAAAUAAAGAAGAAUAUUCAUCUUACACCCGCAGAUAUUUUUAAGCAAUUGGAACAACAAAAUCCAAACUUAACUCAAAAACAAGUUCACGCAUGGUGGUCCUAUUUUUUAAAAAAGGAGUAUAUUUGGGAUGAGAAUGAUCAAUUAAAUUCUGCAAGAAUACUUGUUGAACAAAAUAAAUGCAAGAUCGCUUUGUUCAAUACUCAAAAUAUUCAAUAUUUGGGUUUUGUGACAUCAUUUUUUGAUUUAUUAAAAAAUAAUUAUGAGAUCGUC